AGAUCAUUCUUGUUUAGAGCAUUUAAUCACGUCUUGAAUUUUAAACUUGACCCUCAAGUUAACAAUGAUCUUGACUCUUUUAAAUUGCCUUCUCAGAAAAAAAAUUUAAUUGACAAAAAGUCAAGUUUAAUUUACGGUCAAACCACACUUUUGGCUAUUGAUACUCAAGAAGUUUGUCAACUUUAUCUCUUACUCUUCAAAUUACUUAUCAUGCAAAAACAUGAUAUAAUGAUGAAUUUGACAUACCUUCCACGUCUUGUACCUUCCUUAUGGCAAUUUAUGACGUGUUUAGGCCCUAAAGGGCGAAUGAAAAUUUUCUUGACGGAGUCUGUAGUUAAAGAACCCGAAAAGGAACCACUAUUCGGGAUUUUAGGAACCAUAGAUGAUGAAGAGUUAUAUGAAAUGCAAACUCCCUUUUCAAUUGAACGAGAUUUAAAACCUAUGACAAUAUUCUUUAAUAAAUUUUGUUUUGCCCUUCUUAGUAAUUCACCACCAGAUGGUAAUCCUCCUGUAAUAUUUGAAUCUGCACGAAGGGUACUUCUUCAAUUACAUUUACGUGAUACUAGACGCACAUUUACAGGUCCUGAUAAUAUAUGGCUUCUUAUUAAAGAUCCUAAAAAAUCUUUACCAUUAUCAUUAGCAAAUUUUCUUAAAAAAUCUACUGCAAUUAAUUCAAAUAAUUUAAUGGGAACAUCAUUUUUAGAACGUAUUCGUAAUAAUGAUCCUAUUUCCCUAAAAAUUCUUAAUUUAUUACCUCAUACUAUUCCUUUUGAAACAAGACUCGAUAUAUUUCGUGAAUUCUUACAAAAAAAUGAUCCUUUCAGUAUUGGUUGGUCAGACGUUGUAAUUAAAAUUAGACGUGAUCAUGUGUUGGAGGAUGGGUAUAAACAAUUAGGUGGAUUAACUACAACGCAGAUUAAAGGUCAAAUUCGAGUUAUGUUUGUAAAUGAAACUGGUAUUGACGAAGUUGGCGUGGAUCAAGGGGGUCCGUUUAAAGAAUUUAUUACUCAACUUAUAUCUGAAGCUUUUGAUCCAGAUUGUGGUCUCUUUGCAGUAACUCCUGAUGGUUCUUUAUAUCCUAAUCCACAUUGUACAACUUCAAAAUUACCAUUAUAUACAUUUUUGGGUCGAAUGAUUGCAAGAGCAAUGAAAGAAAAAAUUUUAUUAGAUUCUCAAUUUGCAGAAUUUUUUUUAAGUAAAAUUUCUGGACGAGCUGUAUUUUUAGAAGAUCUUAUUGGAUGGAAUAAUGAAUUAUGGAAGAAUUUAAUAUUUUUAAAGAGAUAUGAUG